AGGGGCGGGGCUCCGCGGGCCUAGUCUUCAGCGCCGCCGCCGCUGCUGCCGUGGGAGCCGGAGCGGGCCGGGCAGCCCCGAUAAGAUGGUGGACUACAGCGUGUGGGACCACAUCGAGGUGUCGGACGAUGAGGACGAGACGCACCCCAACAUCGACACGGCCAGCCUCUUCCGCUGGCGGCAUCAGGCCCGGGUGGAGCGCAUGGAGCAGUUCCAGAAGGAGAAGGAGGAGCUGGACAGGGGCUGCCGCGAGUGCAAGCGCAAGGUGGCCGAGUGCCAGCGGAAGCUGACGGAGCUGGAGGUGGCCGAGGGCGCGGGCGGCCGGGCAGAGCUGGAGCGGCUGCAGGCCAAGGCGCAGCAGCUGCGCAAGGAGGAGCGGAGCUGGGAGCAGAGGCUGGAGGAGAUGCGCAAGAAGGAGAAGAACAUGCCCUGGAAUGUGGACACCCUCAGCAAAGACGGCUUCAGCAAGAGCAUGGUCAACACCAAGCCCGAGCCGGCCGAAGAGGACUCCGAGGAGGUGAGGGAACAGAGACACAAAACCUUCAUGGAGAAGUACGAGAAACAGAUCAAGCACUUUGGCAUGCUCCGCCGCUGGGACGACAGCCAGAAGUACCUGUCGGACAACGUCCACCUGGUGUGCGAGGAGACGGCCAACUACCUGGUCAUCUGGUGUAUUGACCUGGAGGUGGAAGAGAAGUGCGCGCUCAUGGAGCAGGUGGCCCACCAGACCAUCGUCGUGCAGUUCAUCCUGGAGCUGGCCAGGAGCUUGAAGGUGGACCCCCGGGCCUGCUUCCGGCAGUUCUUCACCAAGAUAAAGACGGCUGACCGCCAGUACAUGGAAGGCUUCAACGACGAGCUGGAGGCCUUCAAGGAGCGCGUGCGGGGCCGCGCCAAGCUGCGCAUCGAGAAGGCCGUGAAGGAGUAUGAGGAAGAAGAACGGAAGAAGCGGCUGGGCCCUGGCGGCCUGGAUCCCGUCGAGGUCUACGAGUCCCUCCCCGAGGAGCUCCGGAAGUGCUUUGACGUGAAGGAUGUUCAGAUGCUCCAAGACGCAAUCAGCAAAAUGGACCCCACGAUGACAGCGGAUGCAGAGCGGGGAGCACCUGCCCCCCCCCCCAUUUUCCCCAUUGCCGUGUGGGCCUCAGAAUCCCCCACACCACAGCCGACCGCAGCUCUGUCCGUCACCACGUGGCCCGAGGAGAGAUUUCCUCAUCCAGAGUUUCUCAGGAUCAACUCACACAGACGCCAAGUUCCACAUGCAGCGCUGUAUCGACUCGGGCCUCUGGGUCCCCAACUCCAAGUCCAGCGAGGCCAAGGAAGAGGAGGACACGGGGCCCGGGGACCCCUCGCCGGAAGCUGUCCCCAAGCCGGGCAAAGAGAAGGACAUCAGCGCCUGAGCCGCCACCACUGCCACCUGCCUGCCCGCGGGACCCUCCAUCUCGCCCCCUUUCAGGAAACAAAAAUAGACAACCGUCUCCCCAGCUCCUGGCUUCCUCCACUUUUGCUGCUUCCCCACCCCUGCCCCUCAGCGCUCAUCCCAGCCUCUGCUGUGAGUCAAGGGGCUUCACUGCCUGCAGCACCCCCCCCCCCCAUCAGCAUAUGCCAAAGGCCCGGGGGUCCAGGGAGGGGCACAAGCCACCAGGCUGGCCCCGUGGGGUGGGGGGCUCCCCAGCCGAGAGCCAGCUCCAGUCACUGUGGGCUCUGUUCAGUGUUCGUCUGCUAUCGAGUCUCCUAUUUGCACACAGUGAUCUUCAAAUAAAGGAUUUCAGACGCUC